AUGACUACCACGGCUACUAACCUUGUUUUUCAGUACUCACCUUUUGCCAGAGGAAAGGCUCGUAGUCUUACUUGUCAAGGUGCCCCCGGGGAUCAUAACUCCCGACGGUCUUCACUGAGUACUAGACCUGCUCAACUAAGCCCGCCUGAAGGUGCAGUGGACUCUAUUACUGCUUCCCUGUCUAAUGAUUUAAUCAUCCAUCUUGAACAGUGA